AUGGAGGGCGUUGAGGAGGUCCCACAGAACCGCCGUCGGGAGGCGGCCGAGAAGCUGCAGCGAGCUCUUCUCAAGGCAAAAUUCCUGGGUUGGGAAACCAAACAGCUCAAAGUCCGACGGCUGAAUCCGGAUUAUUCGGAGUGUCGUCGUCCCAAAGUUUGGGCGAUAUUUGCAUUUUUGGUGACCGUAGCUGCCAUGGUGCUCUUUUUGCUUGCGGCGGUUCUGAUUUUGUUCUUCUUCUUGAACUUGAAAUCCCAUUUGAUUUAUGUCUGGGGCGAUUGCCUGCGGCAAGGCUGCAACAAUCCAGUGCAAGUACAUGGAAUGAAAGGAUUUUUCGCGGACAUAUCUGCAGACAUUGGACUGGCAUUGGUCUUUGUCGUGUUGUUGGGGGAAGUUUGCAAAGUUCUGGCUUUGCACUUGGCCAAGCUGUGGAAUUUCAAGUACAUGCGACAGCGGCAGUACUUGCAAGCCAUGCUUUCCCUUGGCAUUGAGGUGCUGGCCAAGGUUGGUGUUUUCUCCUUGAUAGCAUUCGUUUUUCUACCUGGCUGGACUUCCGACUCUGGCAAGGACGUUUUGCCCGACGUGCGUGAGGUUUGCUCUGGCUAUGUGGACUACCAGAUUUGCAAUUGGAUGUCGAAUUGCUCGGAGGAUGAUCCAUUCUGCUGUGCUGGUUCUCUAUUGUGCGCCAAAGACCUUCUUAGAUUCGAGCAAAGACGCGACUUGUUCUACUUGUGGCUUUUUGGCCCAUUCAUUGUGUGUCCUUUUGUGGACAUGAUCCCGGCGGUGUUGGCACCCUUGAUUGCCAAGCGGCUUUCCAGAUGGGCUGAAUAUGAAGGAACACAGGCUAGCAAGCAAGGACUCUGCGGAGCUUGCUUUCGGUGCUUUUCCUGGUUUUGCUGCUGCUGCUGCGGAAAACCAUUGUCACGAUUGCUUGGUUUGAUUUUUGUGCUCGAUGCCGAGGUCACAGGCUUGCGCUAUUUAUGCCGUGGUCAAACCUUUGGCACAACUGAGCUGGACAUGUCCGAUGUCGAGGACAAUGAUUGCUGCGAGCGUUGUAUAGAUGGGCCUUUUGAGCAAGUGGUGCUCAGAGAGUUUGAUGCAUUGGAUGAACUUAAGGACCUGAAGCUGAACUUUCUGUUCGUGGUCCUUUUUGCGCCAGUCCUGCCAUGGGCCAUAAUCCCAACGCUCUUGGCGAGAGUGAUGGAGGUGCGGUUGAAAAUAACGAAACUCUUCCUGGUCCGUCGCCGCAGCUUUCCUCGAGACGCGCAUCUCAUCCAUAGUACCCAAGAGACAUUUACUGCCAUCGUGACAGCUUUCACAGUGUUCUGGUAUUUGGGGCUAUCUUUAGUCACCUUCAACAACCAGCUUCACACAUGGAAUCUGCCAGAGCUCCUACUGACCUGGUUGGGAUCUGGACUUUUGGGAUUGAUGCUGGUAAGUCUGGUGGUUCGCCUUUUGCGGAGGCGUCUUGAAUAA